ACAGGGGCUUUUUUGCAAAUCAGCCCUUCAAAGUUCUCUAUAAAACAAGCUAGGGUUUCGGUGAUCCGCCUCCUCUGAAACCCUAAACUCCGCCGCUCCUCUACUGCUGAUCUGAAAGGAGGAGAAGAGAGAGCAAGCUUCCAAUCAAGAUGGGGAAGACUCGUGGUAUGGGAGCUGGGCGCAAGCUCAAGACACAUAGGAGGAACCAGAGGUGGGCUGACAAAGCCUACAAGAAAAGCCAUCUUGGCAACGAGUGGAAGAAACCAUUUGCUGGUUCCUCUCAUGCCAAGGGCAUUGUUCUUGAAAAGAUAGGCAUUGAAGCUAAGCAGCCCAACUCUGCUAUCCGAAAGUGCGCCAGAGUUCAGCUGAUAAAGAACGGGAAGAAAAUUGCAGCCUUUGUUCCUAAUGAUGGUUGCUUAAACUACAUUGAAGAAAAUGAUGAAGUAUUGAUUGCUGGAUUUGGACGGAAGGGCCAUGCUGUGGGAGAUAUUCCUGGAGUUAGAUUCAAGGUCGUGAAGGUUUCUGGUGUGUCUCUGUUGGCACUCUUCAAGGAAAAGAAAGAGAAGCCAAGGUCUUAGAUUUGUCUUUAUGUGAGACUGCUUAUUGUUUCUUGUUCGAGUGAGUUUCUUUUUCUGCUACUUUUACUAUCUGUACUUCAAAUUUGGAUGUUAGCUUAAGUAUUUUGGAGGCAAUGUCAUGUUAUUUUGUUACAA